AUGUCAGAAGCAUCAAACAAACCAAAAUAUGAAAAAAUCUUAGGAGGUGGUUCACUUGUCGUGGCCUAUCAAAUUGCGAACAAGAAAGUUCUUCUUGUGGGUGGAGGCAACGUUGCCGCUCAACGUAUCGUUUCGCUAAAAAUAGCCGAUGCGAGAGUCCUUGUCGUUUCCCCUGAAAAAGGAUUGAACGAGGAAGUCAAAUUUCGAAUCGACAAUGGCGAAGUCGAAUGGAUCAAUCGCCAAUUUAUAGACAGCGAUCUCGACAACAUAGAUAUGGUUUUGACAGCCAUGGAUGACUACGAUGAAUCCUUUCGUAUUGGACAACUGUGCAGAGACAGACGUAUUCCUGUCAACGUAGCGGACGUCCCACCUUUAUGUGAUUUCUAUUUUAUGUCCCAACAUCGUGAUGGGCCUUUACAAAUUGCUGUUUCAACAAACGGAAAGGGUCCCAAAAUGGCCAAUAUGAUACGUGUCGCUGCUGCGAAAGCUUUACCAGAGAAUAUGGGUAAUGCAACUGAAAUGAUGGGAAAACUACGUGCCAAAGUGAGGGAAUGGGAACCUUCUAUGAAGAACUCAGGAAAGAGGAUGACAUGGAUUACAAGUAUAUGUGAAAAAUGGGGUAUUGAAGGCAUAGGCCGACUUAAUGAAAUCAAAACGAAGAAAGAAGAGGAAGCCUUCUUUGACAAGAUUAGAGAAUGCUUCAUUAUUGGCGCAAUACCUGAUAUCGAUUCUCCUCGUAUUACACUAAUAGGUGGUGGACCUGGUGAUCCCGAACUGAUCACUGUCAAAGCGCAUCGCUUACUGCAAGAAGCAGAUCUAGUUGUCAGCGAUCGCUUAAUCCCACAACAGAUUCUUGACUUAGUGACAGGUGAACUACGAAUUGCUCGUAAGACGACAGGGAAGUCCGAUGAAGCCCAAGAAGAAUUGAUGCAGUGGUGUUUACAAGGCUUAAAGCAGGGAUUACAUGUAGUAAGGUUGAAAAUUGGCGAUCCUUUACUUUUUGGAAGAGGUGGUGAAGAAAUAAUUUGGUUCCGGGAGCAUGGAUUUGAGCCUGAAUUGGUUCCUGGAAUAUCCAGCGCCUUUUCAGCACCGAUGGCCGCAAAAAUACCAGUUACAUUUCGAGGUGUUUCGGAUCAAGUGAUCAUCACCACGGGAAGAGGAACAAAAGGUGCAAUGCCUGAUUUACCGGAUUUCAAAAGAUCACAGACUUUGGUAGUCCUUAUGGCAGUCGGCAGAGCUCCAGAGUUGAAACAACUCCUUUUAGAUCGACACUACCCAAGAACACUUCCGGUUUGUUGGAUAGAAAACUCUAAUUGCCCAGAGGAGAGAAUUGUUUUCGGACAGCUGCAAGAUGUGGAUACUCUAGUGACUGAUCAUAAUAUCAAGGCACCUGCUGUGCUUGUUACUGGCAAUGCUGUUGAAAGUAUUCCAGCAAAGUAA